AUGACUGAGGAGAGCAUGCAAGCCAGAGCAACAGCUGAGAGCUCACAUCUUGAAGAGCAAGCAGAAAGCAGGGAGAACCUUGCUAAUGCCAUAAGGGCACACUUUUUUGAUCAAUCAUGGCUGAAAGCAAAGGACUUCCUUCUUUCCCUCCUUCCCUCCUUCCCUCCUUCCCUCCUUCCCUCCUUCCCUCCUUCCCUCCUUCCCUCCUUCCCUCCUUCCCUCCUUCCCUCCUUCCCUCCUUCCCUCCUUUCUGUAGAGAUUCCUUCUGUAUUCCUUUGUUCCUCCCUGUGCUCUGUGAACCCUAUUGUUCAGUGGGUAGAUAAGCAGGGUGCACAGAGCUCUGGGGUAAGUCCCUGGAAUACCACCAGUGUGGCAGGGGUGGCUAAGAAAGCCACCUGGCCUAGAGCUGAAGCAGCCGCAGGUUCGGCAAACAGAUCAAAGCUGAAAAAGAAGGUCAAACGUAGGUCUAAACUUCGGAAGAGAAACCCUUCCCCUCACUUUUGUAGCAGAAAUAUCAAGGUAACAAGAAAUGGGGAGCCAUCUCUUCAUCCAUCAAGGAGGACAAAGCUCCAGAGACCCAUCCGUACUACAGUUCAGGAAGAGCUGAGCCCAAGUCAACAAAGCCGACCUACUAGGGCAUAUGCCAUUCAAAUGCGAAUGGAUAAAAAACGCAAUCCCUCAGCCCGGGCGGCAGCGAAGGCAGUUCCACCAUGCCCCAACAUUGCCACUGUUCCUACUCCUAGACGCCGAGUGAACUAGAUCCUAGACACUGAUCUAACAUCAGUGACUGGGUCUGGGAGCUGAGACACAGUCAGGGUGUCAAGUCCAUGUCUCACCACAUACUCAUUUGUAUGAUGGUGACAAUAAAAUCAAUCAGAUGUGAAAA